CGCAUGCGCAGUACGAUUUGUAGGCGGGGAGCAUAUCAGCUCGAAAAAAAGGUUGCGGCGUCAUAACUCCUGUUCUUAUUAAUAACAAAUGUCUCGCUUGUCGUUUUGUGUUUUCAGCUCCAAACAUUUACUUUCGAAGAGUCCGGUUUUCCACUCAGCCUCAACAGGAUGGCUGCGGGCCGCCAGCGGGGAACCGAAGGAUGGAGCUCCUCUAAAGAAGGCUAAAACUCCCCUGGGCAGACUUGACAACGACGAGGAAAAGAACAAGGAUGUUCUGGAAAGAUUCCGUGACGAUGUGAACCCUGUGACAAAGGAAAAAGGAGGUCCCAGGGGUCCGGAGCCCACCCGUUAUGGAGACUGGGAGAGAAAGGGCCGCUGUGUGGACUUCUAGUCUGGACUAGUUUAGUGUUUGUGCAUUUUGUAAUUUGUAUUACACUUGAAUUUAUGUGGGAACAUCAAUGAAGUUCAUUUUUGCUUCUGGCGAGUAAGGCGCUUGUGCUGAAAACUGGUCUUUAUGUCAACUUGUCCACAACGUUGUGACAGAGCGGAUAUUAAAAAAAGGAUACACUAUCCUCA